UUACGCGCUCGUGUCACGGGUCACAUUUUCUCACAGCGUGGCUCAAUCUGAGUAAAUUUUCUCCGUUUGACAACACUAAAAGACAAACUUCUAGUUCUGUUGAAAAUCUUACCAAAAUCACAUUGCUAUCUCUUUAAUUUGUAUAAUUUUUGGUGAAGUGAGCUGUUCAAUAUGCUAACGCGUCUGAUGGAGUACGGCAAAAGAGCUUUCCCGAUGUUCACCAACAAAGACAGCAAAAUGACUGAUGAACAAGCAAGCAAUGAGCUGAAUAAACAAUGUGUGGUAAGUAUGGGUGGCGCUGCAGUGGCAUCCUGCACGGAGAUACAAUCGGCAGCUCGAGCACUCAGGACUCCGACGGACUUCGAUGUGGUGAAUAUUUUUACAAACAUAUCGGUGUUGCCGGACAUCGAAAGACAACUGCAGCUGCUGUAUCGACCCUUCACUUGCUUCGUCAGCACGAAGUGCGUGUACGAUCUCAGCGAAUUGUGCUUUUUCAUAGCGAAUGCUACGUAUGAGCCGGACAAGCACUCGGCCCUGUUCGUUCAACGAGUUAAACCGGUGUGCACCCUGACGAUCUACGCCAAUGGGAAUGUCUGCUGCAAAGGCUAUAGCCGUGAAGGAGCACGAGACGGCCUUUCGAAAUUGGAAGAAGUUCUGGAGAUGGCAGGCUACAGUCCGGCGUUUUCCCAUUUCAGGUAUAAUGUUGUGAACGCCACGUUUUGUGUGCCGUUUCAACUGGAUCUGGAGUGGAUGAUUCAGGAGUCUUAUCACAAUGUCAUAUCCAAUAACGACCAGCCGUUUAUCUUUCACAUAAUGCCCAAAACCAAAAUCAAAUUUGCCAUUUUUCCAACGGGCUUUGUGUACGUGCUGGGCUGCAAGCUGCCAAACGAAACCAAGGAUGCAAUAGCCUUCAUCAUGCCCAUUUUGUAUCGCUUUAAGGCAGAGAGGCAUGGGUCACCGCACGACCUGCAGCUGAGCCUCGGUGACAUAAGCUCCAGACUGCUCUGGGAGAGAGAGUUCCAAAAACAGGAAGAUUUCUCAAUAUCGUGGUAGUCUACAUCUGCUUCUUAGUCGAACUAAACAAAACAAUAUCAGCCUACGUGAUACCUAUUGGCCGUGCCAGGAUUUCUGAAUAUGUAUAAACUUAAAUUUGUUACGAACAAAAAACUUUUCAUAUAUAGUAUGUAUGUACAUAUGCGUGUCCGUAAUAAAUGUCGGGCCGUUGGAUGCCAUGCCGCCUGGAGACACGUACUUAACGAAAGUUUUAUGUCUG